GCGUGAGCCUGGCUUGGUAUACCUUAUAGUUGCGCAUCCGUGACGGACGAGUGCUAGUAGCGCUCGAACGUGCAAAGCCAUGCUGCCUGUUGCACCGCGCCUGCCGUGAAGGAUGCGAGCGCUCCUCCUCUGCGCCGCGGCCGCCUGCGCAGCUAUAACAAAUGAGCGCCUCGUCGACCCCGUCGCCAAGGAGAUGGCCCUCGCCGACGAGAAGCGCUACCGCGAGAACUACGCGCCCCGCACUCCAAAAGAGCUCGCCGAGGACGAACGAGCUUUGCAAUUUUACACGAAAAUAAUGUCUCAGGUCACGAACUGGGCCGCCGACGACCACAAGCCGCGGCCGCCGACGCCGGCGCCCCUGCCUCCGUCCGUGCGAUUGACGCUGCACGCGGCCUCGCCUUCUGCAAGGCGGUCCGCGCUGCGCAUCGUGAAGGAACUGAGAGGUCAAAGAGCAGCACGCACGGCGGUCCUCGUGCAGACGCCCUACUGGGGGAGCGGUUCGAAAGAAGACGAGCGCGAGCGGUUCCAGGACGAGCUUUGGUCGGUGGCGGAGGCGGCGGGCUUGGAACGGCGCCACGCGGCGCUCGGCACGUCCGGUACUUCAUCCAGAACGAGCCGCGUCACCGAAUCAUUAAUUACGGAGCUCGACGAAGGCACGGCCGAGGCCUCCUCGCAGAUCAUCGUGUCUAUAGAUCUGGACGCGUGGACCCCUUGCAGAACCUUCUCCAAGGACUUCUGGGCCGCGCUGCCCUCCAUUGAUGGUGACACUUUAUACGUCGCCGCGGCACCCCCUACAAAACCCGGCCACGCGGCCGUCGCGGACCUCUCGACCACUUUGAUAGGCUGGGCUUCUACGAAAGGUGGUCAGAGGGCCAAAGAACUCGCGGACGUCUUACGAAACUACAGAGACAAACAACUGGCGGGCCCCGGGUCCUCCGAGAGCCCGCCGGACGCGGUCUUGGACGCGGCCUACGAUCUUAGUAUAGAACCGAGCGACCUCCCUCCACAGUUACGCUGCGCCUCAUGCGGCGCCGGCUGCGCCGGCGCCGACCUCGAGCGCGAGCGGGCGAAAGUCCGCGCGGGCACGCCUGAAAGAUUAGUCAAGUUCGAGGGCGACGCGAGUAAAAUCGACGCCCUCGCCGCUCGUAUUCUUGGAGAUGAAGGUGAUCGGAGAUUACCAUGCAUGCAUGGGUUCGCGACGACGCAAGAGCCGCAUGCACCAGCUUUCGUCAUUGUGUCCGGCGUGAAUGUGAGGGACGGGAACAACGCGAAGGCGGACGUGGACCUUGCGCUGAACAAGCGGGCCUACGCUCUUGCCCGAGGUUACGGGUUUGCUUUCUAUGUGGCGGACACGCUGGAUCGGUUGCUGCGGCGGAAGACGGCGCAUUCACAUAUUUUCGAGGAAAAGCGCUUGGCGUGGGAGUUCUCGAAGAUACUCAUGGUGCGCGACGCGAUGCGUCGAUAUAGGACAGCGAGGUGGUACUGCUGGAUCGACGCCGACGCCUGGGUGAAUCCUAGUCAGUUUUCUGUGGAACUCGAGAGGUAUGUCGAAGACGUUCCUCAAAAUAGACAUGUCGUCUUGGGCAACUACCGAGGUUUGAACACUGGAGUGUUUCUCGUAAGGGGCAAUGCAGAUGGAAGGGAGGUCGUGCGGAAGUGGCUCGCCGUCGCGCGGGACGGUUUGGCCCAGUGCCACCCGCACGACCAAGCUGCCCUAGAAUGGUUGCAAUUGUGGGCCAUGAACGGGUCCCAUGUUCAGGAGAGGCGUCCUUAUGAUUUCGAAUGUACCAAAAAAUCGGCUUGUGGUGCUGGUGGUGCUGGUUAUAGUUGUAUACCGCUCUGGGGCGAGGCGGUGAAACGGGCCCAUCAGUGGCGGUCGCCUACCAUCAGUGCUUAUGAACAUCAGACGUGGUACGUCGACGAGGCCGUUGACAGAGGAAUAGCGAACCCGGAGACGCCGCUGUUCUGGAUUUCCACCGAAACAGUAACAAGGCCGCGGCUCCAGUGCUUCCGGUGCUUUUCUUCUUUAGAUGAAGUUGAUUACCGGCCGGGCCGCAACUUCAAGGUAGAAGCGGGGGCGGACCGGAGCUGGCUCGUGAACCACAAGGGCCAGCUCCUCUUCUACAAGACGGCGAUGACGAUCAGUAAGCAGGCCGGCGACGCGUGUUUGGUGGAGCCGCAGACGGCCAUCUACUUCCAGGUCUAGUAGUUUUAAUUUUGUGAUCACAUUA